AUGAAUAGAGCCGACUUCUCUGUUGGCGACGUUCUAUGUGAUGAACCACUAGAGAAGGAAUUCGCUGCUGAAACGGUCACAAUUCGUCAAACCAAACAUCGUAUCAUCCGAGAAGCUUAUGAACUCUUUUCUACCCAUUUUGGAGCUACUCCUCUUAACGAACUUCAUUCAUCAAUAGCUCCAGCGAGAGUUAAUCUCAUUGGAGAGCACAUAGAUUACUGUGAUGGAUUCGUGUUACCUAUGGCCAUUCCACUUUACACGGUCAUAAUAGGUAAGAAGAAGCAGGAGGGAUGUAAAUUAACGCGUAUAUAUUCAUCGGCUUAUAAUAAAACAUCCGAAUUACACUUGCCAUAUCAACAAGACCAUGAGGAUUAUCCCAAAUGGAUCAGCUAUAUCAGAGGAGUCCUAGCUCUUCAUAACUGUGAUGCUUCUUUUGAUGCAGUUGUACAUUCUGCUAUUCCGCUGGGUAGCGGAUUAAGCAGCUCUGCAGCUUUAGAACUUUCCACAUCUCUUUUUGUCAGCCAAAUAUAUCCAAAUGCCUCCAUAUCGUCUGUUGAACGAGCUUUAUUGUGUCAGAAUGCUGAACAUCAAUAUGCACAUGUCCCAUGUGGCAUAAUGGAUCAGUUCGUGAUCGCUUUGGCUCAGUUCCCGUGUGCUUUAAAAAUAGAUUGCAAGUCCUUGGACUACGACUUAAUCCCUAUCGAUUUUUCUCAAGAUGCAGUAUUCGUAGUAAUCAAUUCGGGUGUUAAACAUACUCACUCGGAGGGAGAGUAUGGCAAACGGAGACAUAACGUAGAGAAAGCUUUAACUUUAAUGGAUUGUAAGUCCUGGAGAGAUGUAACUCGUGAACUAAUUAAGACGAAAGAAAAUAUUUUAAAAGACUUCCCUGAUAUGACUGACAACUCUUAUCAUGUGGUCGAAGAAAUUGAACGAACGGUUAAAGCGGCGGAAGCCCUGUUAGACAACAACAUAGUCAUGUUCGGGAAGCUCAUGACAGAGAGUCAUGUCUCUCUAAGAGACAAAUACAAAGUUUCAUGUGUCGAAAUCGACGAACUCGUAAGAUUAUCUCUCGAAGUGAAAGGAGUUUUCGGUUCUCGAAUGACAGGCGGAGGCUUCGGCGGUUGUACAGUAACUCUUGUUCGCAAAGAAAACGUGUCAAAUUUAGAAAACUAUAUUAAAGAAAACUAUAAGUAUGCUACGCCUAUCACAUUUGCUUGUGAGCCAGUGAAAGGAGCGGAAGUGGCUGAUUUGAAUUUCUUGAGCUGA